CAAGUUCUACAGAUUAAAAAAACCAAAGACAAGAAGCGGUCGCGUCGGUUGUAGCCGGACCUUGCGCUUGAGGAAAAAUAUUUAAAAAAUAAAAAUUCCUAUUUUGAACUUCGAAUAGUGCGCGCAUAAGUUGUGUCACAGCACCGAAGACGCUUGUGUUCAAAUAUGAAAUAUAUUUUAUAAGAAAAACCCAUUAAUUACACAAGAAUCCAGAUGUACAAAUUAGUGGUGAUCCUCGCGGUGCUCCCGCUGCUCCGGGGCCAGGACCUCAGCAGCGGAGACCUCGACUCCGUCAUCGCGGAGAUAUUCGGCAAGCCCGACCCGCAGCAGAAGACCACCUCCAAGCCUUCCACCAUCGUGCCUCCUAUCACCAAUAACAAUGGCGGCGGCGACGGCGGCGACAACACGGGCAGCAAGGAGUGCAAGAUGGAGUCUGGCGAGACGGGCGAGUGCGUCAAGUACUACCUGUGCAAUGUCAACAACACCAUCAACACCGACGGCAUCGGCGUCAUCGAUAUUAGAGUGUCUGGCAACUGCGAAUCCUACCUGGACGUGUGCUGCCUGCUGCCCGACCAGAGGAAGGAGGAUGAUCCCAUCACGCCCGCUCCCGAUGUACAGCCGGCGCGUCAAGGCUGCGGCUGGCGCAACCCCAACGGCGUGGGCUUCCUCACGACGGGCGACAAGGAUGGCGAGGCCAAGUUCGCCGAGUUCCCCUGGAUGGUUGCCGUGCUCAACGAUAACAUCAUUCCCAGGAUCGAGCCGGUCAACGAGAACGACCCUAACGGUCAGCAGCUGAACGUCUACGUCGGCGGCGGUUCCCUCAUCCACCCCAGUGUGGUUCUCACAGCAGCUCAUUACGUUUCCGGUGACAAGACACUCAGGGUCCGAGCUGGCGAGUGGGACACGCAGACCACCAAGGAGAUCUACCCCAACCAAGAUCGGGAGGUGAAGGAAGUGGUGGUGCACAAGGACUUCAAUAAGAACAACCUGUUCUACGACAUAGCUUUACUCUUCCUCAAGUCGCCGAUGGACUUGGCGCCCAACGUGGGCGUGGCGUGCCUGCCGCCGGCGCGCGAACGGGCGCCGCACGCCGCGCCCUGCCUCGCCUCCGGCUGGGGCAAGGACAAGUUCGGCAAGGAGGGCCGCUACCAGGUCAUACUGAAGAAGGUGGAGGUGCCCGUGGUGGAGCGUCGUCAGUGCCAGGAGUCGCUGCGGCGGACGCGGUUGGGGCACUUCUUCGAGCUGCACUCCUCGUUCAUGUGCGCCGGUGGGCAGCCCGGCAAGGACACGUGCAAGGGCGACGGCGGAUCACCGCUCGUUUGCCCGAUUGAGUACCAGCAGGACCGCUACGUGCAGAAUGGCAUCGUGGCGUGGGGCAUCGGGUGCGGCGAGGACGGCACUCCCGGAGUGUACGUUGACGUCGCCAACCUCCGCGACUGGAUCGACGACAAGAUCGCCGGACACGGAUACGACCCCAAGGUCUAUACCUACUAGUAGAUGCCCUACCGUCUACACCUACUAGUAGAUGCCCUACCGUAUACACCUACUAGUAGAUGACCUACCGUCUA